UGUUUAUCAUUCCCAUCUUCCGCCAUCCGCUGCCAGCCAGUGCAACUUUGCAACAAAUCCGAGACAGCAUAAGCAUUGUGUGGGCCGGUGUAAUGCAUCUUGAAUGGAGGGCGCGAGAAUUACUACACAUGCUUGAAAAUGGCAGCAACACAUACUCUUUCGCCAUGUAUGACAACACAGAAGCAGGCGUGCUGAAGCAGAUAUACGGCCCGGAUGAGCCACGAUUGGAAAGCGGUUCUGCCUUCCCUUUUGUGCUGCCCACGCCUGCGGCUGCGGUUGUGCCACCCGAUCAUGUGGAGCCUUUCCCCGAGAACAUGCUUGGACGCACAUUUGAAGCACACUGCGGGUUUCAGCUUCCCUUUCCUACCUGGGACCUCGUGUACGCUCCCAUGCUGCUGGGCCUGCUGGUGUUGCUGGUGGCAGUGCUGCUGUCUACUGUGAUCGCAGUACUGGCAUGGAAGAAGCGGAACCUAGAGGAGGAUGUGAGGGAGAUUCAGUUAUUCACGGCAAUGUUGGAGAGAGCUGAACGGGCCAAGAGUGAGACGGUGGCCAACGUCUCUCAUGAGCUGCGCACCCCAAUCAUUGGCAUGAUGGGCAUGAUAGAGGAGCUGCUAGAGUCGCAAUUAGAAGAGUGGCAGCGGGCCGACCUGUUAGAUGCGAGGGCGUGUGCGGGCGAGACGGUGGAGCUCAUCAACCGAGUGUUGGACCUCGCCAAGCUGCAGGCCGGCAGGCUGCAGCUCGAGACUCUCCCCUGCUGCCUGCGCCGCAUCGUGAGCGAGGCAACUACAUUUGCGCCAGGGAAGAACUUACCAGAUUUUCCCCUUCUGUGUCUCCCCCCUUCUCACACCCCUUCCCAACCCCACCAACCCCCCACGUCACCCCUCCCUCCUGCAGCAAGUGCCAUGAACAACACGGCAACGGGCCACAUAACCAUCCGUGUUUUGUGCAUCCCUCCUCCACACGUCGCCAGCACGCCACCUCCACCCGCUGCUGUCCCAGGCGCCACGCAAGCCUCCUCUGAGCCGCCCCCACCAGCCUCAGCGUGGCAUCAGCUGGCCGGCUGUGUGCAGCGCUUCCCUCCUCCCACUCGCCUGCUCUGCCUCCCCCAGCACUGCCCGGCCAGCCAAGGGGGGCCUGUGGGCAACAAGGAUGGGCAGCUGUGUGGGCAGGUGCGCAGCAGAGACAGUGUAGACAGUGCAGAUGACAGGCAAGGGGGGGGUGGGCGGUUGGAGGAGGAGGUGAGGGAGUGGGUGGAGGGGGCGUGUGCUGUGAGGGAGGAGGGCGAGUGGAUGGUGGUGGUGACAUGUGAAGACACGGGCGGUGGUAUACCACCUGAGGAGCUGUGGGGGUUGCUGGACCCAAAUGGCAUGCAUGGCGGCGGGCAACAUAAAGUCAUGGAGAGAAUACGGUCGCUGGGGAGGGCAGAGUCAUGGAAGGGCCUGGUGAAGUCGCCAUCGUGGCGGCAGAGGGAGCGCAGCACGUGGGAUCCGAUGCAGCGCGAUCGCAAGGCAGCUGCUGGCCCCCGCUGGACGCCCUACCCUGUUCGCUUCCUGCUCUCCACCUCCCUU